UCGGACGCCCGUCAGGAAAUGUCUUAAGAGACCUUUGUUAUUGCAGAAAAUCAUUGUGGCUGAGAACAUGAGCCAUGUCUGAGACAUCACAGAGGACUAUAUUGAAAUGUAACCUGUGUUUUCCCACAGACGAGGACAAUGACAGCGGCAGGUUGUUUUGUCUUGAUGGCUGCUCUGAUGUCUCUGGGAUUUACUGUGGGACACAACCACAGUGGGGAGACAGACACCUACCAUGUAAGCGUUGGCCGCCUCUUUUUGCUGAGGUGCCUCUUCGCUGAUGCUCACACUAAUGUGACCUGGAGCAGAGAGGGGAGGCACGAUCAGAGCCUGCCCACCGGAGUGGAAGUCAGGGAUGGGUUACUGUGGUUUCUACCUGUGCAUGUGUCUCAUAAUGGAUCCUACACCUGUGAGAAAAGGGGCACGACUGGAUUAUUGAGGAUGACGUUUGGGGUGUCAGUGUCCAAUAAAGAGUGUCCUGAUCCACCUGAAACCAUAUCCAUCAUUCGGGGAGUCAAUGAGGGUCUUCCUUGCAAACAGAAAGAGAUCUUCAGACUGAAAAACACAAGGAAAAUACGAUGGAUGAAGGAGUGCCACCCAGUGGAGGGGCAGAGGAAGAGGGUCUCUGUGGAUGAGAACGGUUUAAUGAGACUGUCUGCAGCCUCAGAACAGGAUGCUGGGACGUACACCUGCCUGGUGGACAUUAACUUGGUCGGAAAGAAGUACACAGCUGCACGCAGCAUCCAGCUGAAUAUUAAAAAUAAUACAUUUAUUGCAAAGCCUGAGGUGAUGUUCCCUAAAGGGAAAGUGGUCGUGGUUGAAGAGGAUACGAGAGUGCAGCUGGAGUGUUUAGCCUACGUAGGCUACAGUGAGGACAAUGAGACUUUCAUGUAUUGGACUGUUGAUGGGGCUGACACUGAAGAUUACGAGGAACUCAGCGAGUCUUGGAACUAUACUCGUGUCAGCGGCAAGGUGUUUGGUCGGUCCACUUUGUCCAUCUCUAAAGUUCGUCGCCAGUUCCUGAAUGUCCCCAUUUCUUGUUAUGUAUCAAACUUAGUUGGACAUAAAGUCGGCGUGAUGUGGCUUAAGGAAGCUGAUCGCAGUGCUCUCUACACCAGCUUGGCUCUCUGCCUUGUUGCCUCCCUGGCUGUCCUGGCUGUGAUGGCUGCCUUCCUCUUCUUUAAAGUAGACCUGGUGUUGGCUUACAGGAAACUGUUGAGACGUUUUUCCAAACAACAAGCUCCAGAUGGGAAGCUCUAUGAUGCCUAUGUGAGCUUUCUCCAUCCUGACAGCCUGAGUUCAGCGGAGACAGCAAUGUUGGCCCUGCAGAUUCUGCCUGAGGAGCUGGAGAAAAAACAUGGCUACUCACUGUACAUCAGAGGACGGGACGACUGCCCUGGAGAAGCGGUGCAUGACGUCAUUGCUGCUAGAGUGCGCCAGUGCCGCAGACUGAUAAUCAUCCUAUCACCUGAGAUAAAGUCGUCAGCUGAUGGCAAAUCAGAGGAAGAGCCCUUGUAUGAGAAUCAAAAUCAGUUGUGCUACGAGCAGAAAGUUGGGCUGUAUGAUGCUUUGAUCCAGAAUGAACCUCAAGUGAUUCUGGUGGAAAUGGGAGAUAGCACGGUGGAUUACAGCUGUCUGUCUGAGUCUCUGCGAUAUAUCAAGAGGAAACAAGGAGCUCUUACGUGGAAGAAACCCUCUGUUGAAAGUCACAAACUAUCCAGAGUGAGCUCAAACAGAAAUUUCUGGAAGAAUCUGAGGUACCACAUGCCGUCAGUUCCUGCAGGCACACUCCAGACUUUUGUCUAAACCAAGUUUCACAGAUGGGAUGUAAUGGAGAUAUUUUUUAAUUUCAGGACAUUCAGACAUAUUUCCUGUAAAUAUAUUUGUUGACAUUCUUGAUUAUCUUUUUCAGAUCUAUUAUCACCUGAGUAAUGUGACAUUAUGUUAACUGUGGACAAACCAGACUGGCUGUCUUGCUCAGUGGCAGUUUGCACAGUGAAUUUCAGACUUUGUGCAGUCAGGUGGUUCAGACUUCAGACAAACAGAUUUGUUCCUGAUACAGAACAGGAAUACACAAUUUUAUAGAGUAUGUCUUUGCACCUGGGUGAGAUGAGUGAAACUGCAGGUAUUUGGCCACACCCAUCUUUAUGAUGUAUUGUCACGGAUCCUAUUGUGUGCUGUGAUUGGCUAUAACGCAUCACGUUUACAUGUUGAGGGUGGACCCGUUAGGAGUUGUACAAAGAGGUAAUCGUUAGGGCAAGUACAAUAUAAUGUGACGUAGGUGUGUGCAUUUGUUGUGAUGCUACACAUAGGUGGUGUAAAGAGUAUACUGCUUUGCUGAUAAUCAGAACCUGAUGCGUAGAGGACAAUAUGCAUGUAGUUAUGGUGAGGAUGGAUAGUGAUGAAGAUUAGCAAACUUUUAGCUACCUUUUCCUCCGUCAUUCAGUCAGUGUUUCAGUCCUAUAUUGAAGUUGUAGGAAGUUAUUAGAGUUCAGGAUUGUUCUGUAUGUGUUUAUUACAUGUUAAUUGUCUGAAUGUUUACCGAGAGAUAGUGUCCAUUUUGUGAUGAUAAUGUGUGGGUAUGAGAAGUUGUAGUUUGCACAUUGUCACUAAAGAUGGGAAGGGUCACAUCUAUUAUGAGGAUACCAAAUACCUUAAAUGUGAUAAUAUUGGUUUGUAAAUAAUGUACUUUUUGCAUGUCAAAAGUACAAGAUGGUCAAAGUUAAAUGUGUUUUGUCAUAUGAAUGUUGUGCAUUUCACGGUGAUGUGUGUAUUGACUUUAAUGUGUAAAUGGAAAUGUUUAUGAGAAUGAAGUCAAAAUCUUUGAACAGGAAUUGUCUGUAACUUGAUAAGUUAUGAAUUGAUGUAUUUAUUGUUGUGUUUGUGUAAUAUUGUGAAGAAAACAUAGAUGUUAAAUGAAAUGAUAUGAAAGUGUGAGGGUUGCACACAAAGAACAUAAUUAGGGUUAAGGGGAUGAUUGCCACCCUUGAACCCCUGGUUCAAGAUGUUUUUAAAAAAUCAUAAAAAAAAUCAAGGGAAGGGUUGAUUGUCUUGAAAACUGAAUGAACCCUUCCAUCUUCAUGUACCUGCUUUCCAACGAGACCACCCACGAGUCUCUAGGACUUUCUGUUGCCGAGAUAUGGGUGUUUUUAUUUUUAAAUUGGUUGUACCUCGGGAACGGAAGGUCGUAGAACGAUGCGGACACGACAGGCGUGUUGAGUGGCCCCAAAUUAGGUCUGACACCACCCACUUCCGAGUCUCUAGGACGUAGCGUUUGGGAGUUAUUGGGAAAAAAACGUUUCCAAUGUAAAUGAAUAAAAUUCCAUAGUAGUCCAAAAUUACAAAGUGUAGAGGGCAAAAUCCUCCCUCCAGAAAGUCACUGGGAGCACGUUUCAGGCCAUUUGGUGUUGAGUUAAAGAACUACAGGUGGACUCAAUAAUGCAGACAACCACAGAGCUCAGUUCAAAAAGGGUUUAUUUGCUCCACUGAGAGAAUUAUACUAGUUGUACAGAGUGGGUUUUGAAUCUGGGUCUUCUGCAUUGAAUUCGGCAACACUGCUGUUGGACCACAUGGACAGGUAGUACUCACUGGCUGAUACCACAGAUAACAAGGACAGGGGAGAGGCCGGAGCUGGAGCGACGCAGGGUGGGGGGAGAUCCAGGAUUGGGUGUCAGAGGAGUGGGGCAGGCAGUGGAGCAGAGCAGGCUGAGGAGGAUGCAGCUUGAGGCUGGACUGCAGUGGGCACAGACAACAGCAGGUGAGGCAGGUCAGCAGCUGAAGUUCCGGAGAUGCAAACAUACGAAGGUUGACAAUGAACUGGCGACGACUGCAGAGAAGAGCCGGUGUCAAAUACUCCAGGUAGAUUGCUGAAUGAUUGUAGAUGUGGAGAUGAUUGCUGCAGUGUGCUUCACCUGCUCACACUCACACAGAAAGGAGGGGGGAAGGGAAGAGGGAAAGGAAAAACCAGGUGUAAUCCUAACAUUUGGAGUUGAAUGGUACCUAUUUUGGAGACACGUUUUGGCCAAAG